UUCUUAUGUCAAAAAUACUCUUAUAAGUGUAUGAUUUGGUUUACCGCACCCAAUUUUUUUUAUCUUAUUAUUAGUUAAUGUUAGUUUAUACACCACAAAGUGUGAAUAAUUCAACAAAAUGGACCACUUGCCGGCUUGUGUUAUUGAUGUCGGCACCGGAUAUACAAAACUGGGGUUCGCCGGCAACAAGGAGCCGCAGUUUAUCAUUCCGUCGGCCAUCGCUAUAAAAGAAACUGCGAAAGUUGGUGAUCAAUCGACUCGGCGUAUGACGAAAGCCGUCGAGGAUCUGGACUUCUUUAUAGGAGAUGAAGCUUUUGACGCGACAGGAUAUUCGGUGAAGUAUCCGGUACGCCACGGCUUAGUAGAGGAUUGGGAUUUAAUGGAAAGGUAUAUUGAGCAAUGCAUAUUCAAAUACUUAAGAGCCGAACCGGAAGACCACCAUUUCCUACUCACUGAACCACCGUUGAACACGCCUGAAAAUAGAGAGUAUUUAGCUGAAAUAAUGUUCGAGUCAUUCAAUGUACCUGGAUUGUACAUUGCUGUGCAAGCCAUGCUGGCGCUCGCUGCGUCAUGGAAAUCACGAGCGCCAGCGCAGCGUACCUUUACUGGCAUUGUGGUUGAUAGUGGGGAUGGUGUGACUCAUAUUGUUCCAGUAGCGGAAGGUUAUGUUAUUGGCUCAUGUAUUAAACAUAUUCCCGUUGCGGGUAGGAACAUUACUUCUUUUAUUCAGUCACUUCUUCGUGAGCGGGAAGUUGGGAUACCCCCAGAGCAAAGUUUAGAGACUGCAAAAGCAAUCAAGGAGAGAUUCAGUUAUAUUUGUCCUGACAUUGCUAAAGAGUUUGCUAAAUAUGACUCAGACCCAGGCAAAUGGAUGAAGAAGUAUACAGGUGUGAAUGCUAUUACUAAAAAUCCAUUCACAGUUGAUGUUGGAUAUGAAAGAUUUUUAGGCCCAGAGAUUUUCUUCCAUCCAGAGUUCUCAAAUCCAGAUUUUACUGUCCCUCUUAAUGAGAUGGUGGAUGAAGUUAUUCAGUCAUGUCCAAUAGAUGUGAGAAGAGGACUGUAUGGGAAUAUUGUGCUUUCUGGUGGAUCCACUAUGUUCCGUGACUUUGGAAGACGAUUACAGAGAGAUAUAAAAAGAACUGUGGAUGCACGACUUAAGCUUUCAACGAUGUUAUCUGAAGGCCGCAUCACCCCAACACCUAUUGAUGUUCAAGUUAUUUCCCACUACAUGCAGCGUUAUGCAGUUUGGUUUGGUGGUAGUAUGCUUGGAUCAACUCCUGAAUUCUACCAAGUGUGUCAUACUAAACAAGCAUACAUGGAGUAUGGACCUAGUAUCUGUAGACACAACCCUGUUUUUGGCACCAUGACAUAAUUAUUAUCUUUGUUUACUGCCAGUAUUAAGUCAAAUUAUAAUAAUGAAAAUCAUUAUUAUAUAAUAAUUAAGUGUUAUGAAUUUAUUAAAUAUAAAGAGCAUUUUACAAGGAAGCCUGUUACUUUAAGUACCAUAAAUUUUUUAUGUUUUUAUUAAUUACAUUUAGAGUCAAGCCAAAUUAAACUGUUAGCAAUACUUAUGUAGCACAAUACACAUAUUUUAAAUAUUAUGUUAAAAUUCAGUUCUCAAAAUAGAAUGAUAUAUUAUUAAACCUAUUUUAUUAAUAAUUUUAAUUACUUUUUUGUAUAAAUUGGCUGGAGUCUCUGUAUUAGUGGCAUUUAAUAUUGCAUUCCAGCUUUUUACCAAAUAAAAUCUUACUCUUGAAGAUAAA